AUGUCACAAUUAGAAAAAUUAACAUUAUCUCUUUAUGUUCAUGGUCGAACUUCGUUUAUUGAUGGUACUCAUCUGCAUAAUGAUAUCAUUAGUAAAAUGCCCUAUCUACAUAGAUUUAAUUUUGAUAUUGUCACCGAAAUUGUCAUAAUCAAUAAUGAAUAUUUGCCAACAUCUGAUGAUGUUCGACGUCCACUUAUCGAAAAAGGAUAUAAUGUUGAUUGCUAUGUUGACUAUCUUGGAACUGAAAGAGGUCGAUGUCAUAUUUACUCGGUUUCCUCUACUAUGGAACGUAUGCAUGUAAUUACUAACAAAUUUCCUGACGGUAUAUUUAUGAAUGUUCGUAUAGUAUAUGUGAGUGAUUCGAUGCAUUCAAUUGAAUAUGAUUUCUUCGUUCGAAUUUCACAAGCAUUUCCAUUACUUAAACAUUUAACUGUGUUAAGUACUGUUAACCAACAGAAAUCGACAAAUGAACUCGAUGGACAUGAACAAACGUUUUCAAUUAUUGAAUAUUCUCAUCUGAUGACACUCGAUCUAAUUUCGUCUCAUAUCGACUAUGCGAAACAAUAUCUUCUUAAGACAAGUUUACCACGUCUUAGUACACUAGCUAGAUUCGUACCUGAUCAAAACAAAGAAGUUUAUACGAUUUAG